AAAAAUAGAAUGCAGUUGGGAGCUGAGGCAAACAAGGAGAUAAUAACGAUCAAAGUCAAGUCUGUUUCAAGGCAGACGAAACACGCAGACGAGAUACGCAACCGCACUAGGAACGACCAACAGCAAGUCGAGCGAGAGAGAGAGCCGCCCCAACGUCUGCAAUCGUAAUUACUGCAGUGCAGUCGUCGUCUCUGUUACUAUUUCGUCAAAAACAAAGUGGAGUGAUCGCUCGUGUUCCUUGACGACGACCUAUCACAGGCAUCACAGUUAACAGUUAUGCGUGUUAUGCGUGAACGCGCCAGGGUUAUGUUACGAAAGGAAUAAUUCGUUAAUGAAGUUUUUGGUAAGCAGUAAUAAUGGACGAAACGAGAAUCCCACCGAAUAUUUCUCACCAAUAUCUCGUGGUUAACGAUGAUCAGGAAACUUCGACAAAUCCACCUCAAACAAUAAAACAGAGGGAAACGAACGAGAGAGUUAUCAGUGGUAGAGAAUGGGCAACUGUCCUUGUACUUUGUUUUGUAAAUCUUAUUAACUAUAUGGACCGUACAACUGUUGCAGGAGUAUUGACCGAUAUCCAAAAUGACUUUGGUAUUGAUAACGAAAGCGGAGGACUUUUACAAACAGCAUUCAUUGUUAGUUAUACAAUUUUUGCUCCAUUAUUUGGUUAUCUGGGUGAUCGUUACAAUAGAAAAAUAAUUAUGAGUUGCGGUGUUUUUCUCUGGUGUUUAACGACCUUGAUAGGUUCCUACAUGAAGACCUUUGGAUGGUUCUUAACAUUCAGAACUUUUGUUGGAGUCGGCGAGGCUAGUUAUUCUACCAUAGCUCCGACAAUAAUCAGCGAUUUAUUCAUAAAAGAUACAAGAUCAAAAAUGCUGGCUCUAUUUUAUUUUGCAAUACCGGUAGGAAGCGGUCUUGGAUACAUAACGGGAGGAGAAACUGCGCGAGUAACGGGCGCCUGGCAAUGGGGAUUGAGAAUAACACCAGCUCUCGGAGUUUUAGCAAUUUUUCUUAUUCUGUUUGUUGUGAAAGAUCCUGUGAGGGGCGAAAAAGAAGGAGGUUGCCAUAUUGCCAGUACAACAUGGGCAGACGAUAUAAAGGCGCUAAUUAAAAAUGCAAGUUUUAUACUCUCAACGAUCGGUUUCACGUGCGUUGCUUUCGUGGCUGGAGCGAUGGCUUGGUGGGGACCGAAAUUUCUCCAACUCGCUUUGAGCACACAGUCGAACGGUCAAGACGUCGAUCUGAACGACGUUUCGUAUAAAUUUGGUUUAAUCGCCAUGCUCGCUGGCUUGAUCGGAGUUCCCGUUGGAUCUAUAACAGCACAAAAACUUCGUGUUUAUUAUCAACAAGCGGAUCCGCUGAUUUGCGCUGUUGGUUUGCUCAUAAGCGCUCCUCUUAUAUUCAUAGCAGUUGUUAUCGCAAGCAGUCAUACCAAUGGUUGUUACGCUCUCAUAUUUUUCGGACAACUGGCUCUUAAUCUCAAUUGGUCUAUCGUAGCUGAUAUGUUGUUGUACGUCGUCAUCCCUACGAGACGAUCAACCGCCGAAGCUUUUCAAAUAUUAGUCGCUCACGCGUUUGGUGAUGCGGGUAGUCCUUAUCUUAUAGGAGUGGUUUCAGAAGCUCUAAAGCCAGUUUUGUCGAAAUCUUCGGCAGUUGGAACUGCCGCUGUUGCAAAUGUAACAGUCGUCCAGGAUCCAGGGAUUGAGUUCCGCUCGUUACAAUACGCUCUGUUCCUCACGAUAUUCGUGGAAGUCAUCGGGAGUUUGUUCUUCUUUCUUACCGCCCUUCACAUACAAAAAGACAAGGCAUUGGUUGAUCUUACAAUAGCUGACGAAUAUCUAGAUACUAAGAAUAAUGGGCAAGCAGAAUCAACGCAUUUAUAGAUCACCAAUGGGCCCUUCACCUGAUAGUGUGCUGUAUAUCUGGCUCUAACGAGUCCGAUAUGUCUCGGAUUAUCGACGACGACGCCGAGGGCGGAGUGCCGGAUUCCACUGUCAAGCCAUGAUCGGUCAAAGUCCAUGAAUGAAACUUUGUCAAUUUAUUCUGCGAUGAAAUAAUCGUUAUGACAAAUGUUCUUCAUGAUAAUCGCCCUGAACGUUCGUCCCCGAACGAUCGUUAAAAGCUUUAUAGCUUGUUUGCAGCAUGUACGUUUCCUAUUAUAACAUUUUUAUGAGACUAAAAUUUCGAUAUUGGACGAUUCGAUAGAAAUUCGAGAAGAUUUCAGUCAUCUUUUCGAUUCCGUAGACAUUCAUUUCAGUCCUUUCGGAAGACUAUAAAACAAAAAAAUCUGAAACGGAAAAAUCACAAGUGUAACAUUGCAUAUUUUACAAAACCAUUUCGUUUGUUGACACCCAUCAUUGUUUCAAAAUUUUAUUUCAACAACUUUUGCAGAUCUCGAUCGAAUCGUUCAAUACCAAAAUUUGAAUUUGAAGAAAAUCUUUGACUGGAAACGUAUGCCCCAAUCAUUCUUAAAUACUCAGGUCACUAAUCUACGGUAUGAACGAACGCGCAUCGAAUAUGUCACGAAAGUUUGGCGAAGCUGAGUUCAUUCGCUUUCAUAUAAAAAAUAGAGAACACGGAAUUUCUGGUAUUCGUUGGGUGCUGCAAUAUAUUUAUGAAUAUAUUAUAUAUUUUUUUAUAAUAGGCUCCUGAAUAAUGAGACGGUAAUUGUACGAAAAUUCGAUGAAUUGAGAAAUAAUUUCAUUGGUAUUAUCGACAUUGAGAUUUGCUGUAUUCUCGAUUUUAAAAUCAACUCGAUCAAUUAAGAAGACGGAACUUUCGUUUUUUUUUUCAAUGUUUUAAUGAUUAUCAACAAAUAAUGGACUUGAUGAAAUUACGAGCGCAAAUUGGCUUCGUAGAGAGAUCCAACUCAAACUUCCGGUGAACAUAAAAAAUAAAUAAGACUGUUCUGUACGUAAUUAUCGCCGCUCGUUAGGAUGUAAAUAAUUCUUUGAGUUUGCUCAAAGUAAACAAUUGUGAAUUUAUUGCAAAAGCAGCAACCAAUUAAACAAUAAUCAAUAUUUGCUCAUACGUGAAAAACAAAAAUGACGCUUGUGAUGGUGGUGCUCCAACAAGCAAUUGUAACGUAUGAAUAAUUUUCCAAUGGAUUGUACAUAUUUCAGGCCAUGUACUAAAAUAAAUUGGUUUAAGAUUGAGA